AACUGUUACCAGGUGUAUGAUGAGAAUAAUGGUGUUUAAUGUUAAUACGGUAUCAUCACUAGAAGAUAUUAAGAAGAAAAAUGGAGAGUUUUAUAAUGUUUAAAUGUUUAAUAUAAUACUAAGAUUAGGGAAAUAGUGUUAAUAUUAAUGUGAAAGAUGUGGCAAAUGAGGAACGAUGUGGCACAGGGGUUUGUAUCCAAACAACACGCUGCAAAAGGAAAGAUGGAAUGUUUAUUUUUGUAAUUGAAAAGUAAUAGUAAAGUCUUUAUUUAAAAAAAAGAUUUUAAAAGGUAGCCUCUUUGGUUAAACAUUUUUCCCUCCUUGAAAAUUUCAAUUUUAUUUUGUUGUUGUAGAGAAAAAUAAGAGAAGGAAGGAGUAUAAGUAUAUUCAAUGCCUUGAGUUAUUUGUAAUAAUAAUAAUAAUAAAGGUAGGAUACAAAUAGUUGAGAUUGCUUACAUUUGAGGUGAUUGACAGAUGACAUUCCUGUUUCUGUGGGAUUUUUCUCCUUCUAGAUGGCAGUUGUGAACUCCCCCAGCCCGACCCCAGCUGCUGCCCCUCCCUGGGAAGCCCAAUUGGGGGGAGAAGAUCCUGGUGCUGCAGGGGACUGCAGUGCAGAAAACCUCUAUUUUCAAGGCAUGGAGCUGUUUGAAGAGGCCCUACAGAAGUGGGAGCAGGCCCUGACUGCCCGUCAGAGGGACCCCUCCAGCCUCUCCGCCUCCUGGGUGGUCCCCAAAGAGGAAGAGCUGCUGCUACCUGAAGAUCUCUGUGAG